AACUAAAUUAGCAGAAAAGUCAGAAAAAGAAAAGCCGGUCCCGCGUCCCGCUUGUUUGUUUUGCCGCGUGUGUUGUAAACAAAAACGCCGAGAGUGUGAGAUUUCCGCAGAAAAAGGUCACGAGAAAGGUCAGACAUGGUCAAGUUGACCCCGGAACUGAUCCAGCAGUCGGUACAGCGGAUGAACCCGGUCAAGGACCGCGAACUCAUCCUCAGAGGGUACAAAAUCCCCGUGAUCGAAAACAUGGGCGCCACCCUGGACCAGUUUGACACAAUCGACUUCUCGGAAAACGACAUCCGCAAGCUGGACGGCUUUCCUCUUUUGAAGAGACUCAAGUGCCUCCUCCUCAACAACAACCGCAUCGUGCGGCUGUCGGAGCACCUGGAGCAGCACGUGCCGAACCUGGAGACGCUGGUGCUGACGGGCAACAUGCUGAUGGAGCUGGGCGACCUCGACCCGCUGGCCUCGCUGACCAAGCUGCAGGUGGUCAGUCUGCUGCACAACCCGGUCACGGCGCGCCCUCACUACCGCGCCUACCUCAUCUUCAAGCUGCCCAACCUCAGGCUGCUCGACUUCCACAAAGUCAAGCUCAAGGAGCGGAAGGAGGCGGAGAGUUUGUUCAAGAGCAAAAAGGGCAAGGAGCUGCAGCGCGAAAUCCAGCGCAAGGCCAAGACGUCGGUGGCCGAGGGGGUCAAGUUGCAUGGGCCAAGUCAGGAGGAGAUGCGCGCCAUCAGGGAGGCCAUCGCCAAGGCCACCAGCCUCGAGGAGGUCGAGCGCCUCAACCGACUCCUCCAGGCCGGACAAAUCCCCGGCAGAAUCCAAUCCCUCAUUGCCGAGAGCGUUCCGCAGCCUGGAGGGGAAAACAUUGAGGAGGAGGAAGAUGACGAGGAGAUGAACGGACACUGAUGAUUGUAAGUUGGGCAGUGUCGGUUCCAAAUUCAUCUCUUUGACGCUGCCGCCUUUUUGUAAAUAAUUGUGUCGGAUGUUGAGCCGUGUGAAAAGAACAGACACUUUACUUUCCACUUGUAUUCGUAAAAUAAAGAAAUGGAUGCGAAGUUUGUGCUUUGACCUAAGCCAAAGUGACUGAGAAAGCGCUUUUCCUCUCCAAAACUAUUACAUCUUGCCAAGUUGUUCUUUUAGUGCUGCUGAGCCAAAAUCGGCCCAGGUAAAGAGAGACCCAAGCGGUGAGUAUUGUUUGUUUUUUGAUCAGAAAGGAAAGAAGAUCAAAGUUGGUCUCUAAACACAUUUUAUUUUGCAACUGUACUGGAAUGAGAGUAAACUUUGGCAUAAUUUCAAAUCAACAAGAGGAUAAAUAUUUCAACAGGUUACAAUAAAAGGCACCAAAAUCAACU